UUGGGGUCGGGGGCAGAGAACGCGACAAUGGCAGCUUAACCCGGGUACAUGUCGCUUUCGUUAUUGCCGCUCCGAUUUCCAAACCAAUUGGACCUUCGCGCUUUGUAUCUCCGUUGCUCGCCAUGCGUAUUUGCGUCGUCGUGUAUGUGGGAGACGCUCGUGGAGUAGAGUGUGGUACGGCAAUCGUGUGACGACAUAAUUCAUAUCUCUUCACCGGCAUAGCUCCGUCCCCCGACUGUCGAUUAUUCGCACUGGUCGUCGGUGUCUGGCCACCACCACUCGAGGCAGCUAGACUGCGCUCGAGAGUCUCGUGUCCGACUGCGCCAGUAACGAGUAACGACUCGUCGUCGACGAAUCAGUGCGACGAGGAAAUAUGGCCAGCGGUGAGCUGAUUGUUGGUGGUCUCGAGAGUUUGGCCGACAUCAUCGGCGUACCAACCGAUGCCCUGCGACUUCUCAUCUCACUCUUCUUAGGUUUUCCACUUGCACUCUUUCAUAGGGAAAUACUUUAUGGAAAAAAUCCAACAAUCCAACAUUAUUAUUUUAUUAUUUGUGGUCUCGUACUUGGUUUUUGGAAUUAUGAAUGGAGUAUCUUACAUUCGAUCUUCACUUUACUCAUAACGUAUGGGAUCUUCUCAGUCUUUGGGAAUCGAUCAAGUUCUGUCGUCGCAACAUUCAUAUUUAAUAUGGGAUAUUUGCUCUGUGGAUAUUACGCAACAGCGACUGAUGAUUAUGAUAUAAAAUGGACUAUGCCUCAGUGCGUCUUAACUCUGAGAUUAAUUGGUCUUUCAUUUAAUCUGGCCGACAGCACAAAACCAGAAGAUAAGUUAUCGGAUACACAAAAAACAACGAUGUUGCAUGAAAAACCAUCUUUACUUGAGAUGACAGCGUUCGUAUAUUUUCCCGGUUCAUUUUUGAUUGGGCCACAAUUCAGCAUGAGACGAUACCUGGAUUAUGUCAAUGGAAAACUCAUGGAAACCAAACUCGAUGUUACUGGACUAAAAGUAAAACCAAAUUCUCUGAUGCUGGGAAUAAAUAGAGCAUUAAUUGGUAUUGUUUAUGCAGCAAUGUAUAAAAUUGGCACUCAAUAUGUUUCCAAUGAAUACCUUACGAGUUCUGAAUAUGAUCAAUUAGGAAUAAUUAAGCGCUGCUUCUUUCUUGGUCUUUGGGGAAGAUGCACUCUUUACAAGUACAUAUCUUGCUGGUUGAUUACAGAAGGGGUUUGCAUCGUUUUUGGAAUAACUUAUAACGGAAAGGAUGAACAUGGUUGUGAAAAAUGGGAUGGCUGUGCCAACGUAAAUCUAUUAACAUUUGAAAAUGCUACAGAAUUCAAUCAUUACAUUAUGUCAUUCAAUAUUAAUACCAAUUAUUGGUGUUCAGAGUAUAUUUACAAGCGACUGAAGUUCCUUGGUUCAAAGGUUUAUAGUCAGAUUGUGACUUUACUUUUCCUUGCCAUUUGGCACGGACUUCACAGUGGAUAUUAUCUUUGCUUCUUCCAGGAGUUCAUCAUCAUGUACUUGGAGAAAGAUCUCAAGCCUGUACUUGUAAAAAAUGAAACACUGCAGAAGCUUAUGAAAGAAAACUUUUUGUUCAAACUUCUAAUUUGGUCAAUUCUUAAAAUUUAUACAUUUGUUUUUAUGGGCUAUAGCCUUAUACCCUUUACUCUAUUAUCAUAUUCGCGUUACGUCAAAGUUUAUAGAAGUGUUUACUUCAUAGGACAUAUUAUCUUCCUUUCUUAUCCAUUAUUGGCGCCAUUUAUAAAGAGAUUAAUAAGGCCGCAUAAAAAGCGUUCACAAACCGAUUAAGAGUUUAAUACAGUGUUCUAUUGUAUAAAUUGGUUUGUAUUUAUUCAUAUUGUUGACCUAUUUUCAAAAGUACU